AUGCGAGAUGUUGAUUGUAAUGACAAAUCUAACAGUUCUGCUCGCAGAUCUAAUGACUCAAGCUGGCUUAAUUUCCCUGUCAUUCUAGAGGGUCCUUAUAUUUCUGGUAAAGCUGAAGAUGGCUCUGAUAUUCCUCUUCCCGGAAAGUUUUCUUCUUACCAACCUUGGAUAUUUGUACUUUCCAAAGAUGAGACAAAGAAAGUUGUAUGGGGACUUCGCAUAAAUGUUCUCAAUCUCGUGAAAUCUUUGUGUGAUAAGACUUCAGGUAAAGGUAAGAAUAUUCCUAAAAGGCCUACGUCUAAGUCUUCAUCAAAAACGACAUCUUCAAUGGAUUAUCUCUCCAGGAAGCGUAAAAGAUAUGAUUCUUCUUCAAGUUCGGAGUCUAGUGAGGACGACAUUCUUUCUCCUGAGGAUUUAUCAGUUCCCUCUUCUUUGAAAGAGUUAUCCAAUCUUUUUGUUGGAGAUCUUUUGACUGCUGUUGACAAUGAAGAAUUUAAUCGUUCCUUUGAAAUGGUUUCUAAAAUAUGCGAUGCUCCUACUUUAGAUGAUCCAUCUCUUCGUGGAGCUGCCUCUGCGAUAAAUCCAAACCUCCAAUUCACAAUCGGCUCUUUGGGAGCCCGUUUAUCUUAUUUAAUCUCCUCAGACUACCAAAGGAGACUUAUUAAGCUUGAGAAAGAAAAUGAUGAGCUUAAAACUGAGAAUUCGACCAAUUGUGGGUUGAUUCGCAGAGCCCGAGAAAGAAAUGAUGAACUCAUUGACCUAUAUAACUUUUCGGAUGAGGCUGCCAAUCUCCCUGAUGAUGAAACCCUUUUAGAACAACUUAAUUCUUCUUUAAAUAACUAUCCCAACCAAGGAUUUGAAAAUCUAAGUUCGGAAGAGUUAAGACUGAAAUAUGCUGCUCUUAGAAAAAGUCAUAGAUCUUUAUUGACUUCAUUUAAUAACUUUAAACAUCGUCUUCCUGAGAGCCAAGAAAAAAUUCAAGUUUUGGAAACAAAAAAGAAUAAGCUUAUUAAUGAGAAAGAUGAGAUUGCUCUUAAGGGUGGGAAAGCACUAGAAAAAUUCCAAGAAUCCAUUAUUGAGGUUCAAAAAGAACGUGAUUUAGCUUUGAGCGAAAAGAACAUACUUUUCGAAGAAAGAAAUUUAAUUCGCUCUGAGCUUCUCAUAGAGAGCGAAGCUGAAUUUAGUUGGGCUGCUAGGGUUUUGAAUGAUGCUAGAAAGGAUUUAGCUAUAAACGUGAAUAAGGAGAAGAAUUAUCUUCAGAAGAUUGAAGAAUUAGAAACUCGCUUAGCUUCUGAAGAAAAAGAUUUAUCUGCUCGCAACUCCAAGUAUCGGCAAUUGAAGAAGAAUUUCACCAUCACGGUUUCAAAUAAUAGUAAUAAUGCUAAUCGUGCUCGCGAAGUUGUUGUUAAGAAAGUCUGCGUUGAGAAUAACAUUCCUCUUACAAAGUAUAAAUUUCCAGAAAUCCCCGACAAUGAACAUAUUUCUGAUAUUUCGGACAGUGAGGGAGAAGAUGAAGAAUCUGAAGAAGAAAUAAGCGGUUCUGAGGCUGAGCGAAACGAAUAA